AUGUUAGUGGGCCGUUCUGGAAUCUACUCGCCCUCUCUCCCAUUCGAUGUUUGUUUGUUUCUUUUCGUAUUGAUCGGAAAGUUAAACCCCAGAGGAGGAGGACGACGAAGGAGGAGGAAGUGAUGGAUUCGGAAAAGGCACUUGAACUAGUGAAGCAUGGAGCUACGCUUCUAUUUCUCGACGUUCCUCAGCAUACUCUCAUCGGAAUCGAUACUCAGAUGUUUACGGUGGGGCCAGCUUUCAAAGGGAUAAAGAUGAUCCCUCCUGGAAUUCACUUUGUAUUCUACAGUUCGUCCACCAGGGAUGGUAAAGAGUUUUCACCUACCAUUGGCUUCUUUAUCGACGUUACUCCUUCUCAGGUUAUUGUACGGAAAUGGAAUCAGCAAGACGAGUGGCUAGCCAAAGUAUCUGAAGAAGAGGAGGAGAGAUAUUCUCAAGCAGUGAAGAGUCUGGAGUUUGACAAACAUCUUGGUCCAUACGAUUUAAGCCAAUAUGGAGCAUGGAAGCACUUGUCUAACUACAUUACUAAAGAUGUUAUCGAGAAGUUUGAGCCAGUUGGAGGAGAGAUAACAGUCAUCUACGAAUCUGCUAUUCUAAAAGGCGGACCUAAGACCGAAAUGGAAAGAGCACUUGACGCGCAGAUGAAGAAAAGCAAGUCUGAGGCAUCAUCAUCAUCUACUGAGCAACCCAAAGGGAAUAGGUUUUACUAUACUUCUAUUCCUCGGAUUAUAAAACACAAGGGAAUUUCUGGUCAGGAGCUAACCUCUUUGAAUCUUGACAAGACUCAACUAUUAGAAAGCGUAUUGUCAAAGGAGUACAAAGCCUCGGAAGACUUGCUUCUUGGGGAGCUACAGUUUUCAUUUGUAGCAUUUUUGAUGGGGCAGUCUCUUGAAUCCUUCAUGCAGUGGAAGUCCUUAGUUAGUCUUUUACUAGGCUGCACUGAAGCGCCAUUUCAGACUAGGAGUGAACUAUUCACAAAGUUCAUUAAGGUCAUCUACCAUCAACUAAAAUAUGGACUACAGAAAGAGAGCAGUGGUCCAGAGAUGGGCGUACUUGCACUUCUUGAUGAUUCUUGGUUAGCUUCAGAUAGCUUUCUGCACUUGCUUUGCAAGGACUUUUUUGCGUUAGUGGAAGAGGCAUCUGUAGUUGAUGGAGAUUUAUUGUCGUGGACAAGGAAGUUCAAAGAGUUGCUUGAGAGCAGAUUAGGAUGGGAGUUUCAGAAGAAGAGUGAUGUUGAUGGGAUCUACUUUGACGAAGAUGAUGAGUAUGCUCCUGUGGUUGAGACGUUGAACGAAAGUCAUGGAGACUAUAUGGCCACAUAGAGGACGUAGAUGCAAGCUUUCAUCGAUUUUACCUUUGCUUGCACAGAUGUUGGUAUGAUGCUAGUGUGUUGAGUGUUAUUCUAACACGAGUUAAUACAAUUCUUACAUUAGUGCAAAAGUAUGUAGAAUUUGUUUAUUUCAGAUCUUAAAAGUCUUCUUCCUCGAGAAGAGAAUA